AUGCCUUUCCGAAAGCACCUGAAAGAAUUAAAGGCGACUCUCCGUCCACCAAAAAGCUCCAGCCUGAAUGUUUCUCAAGAUACAAGUACUGCAUCGCUGGUUUUGCACAAGACUCCAGUCGCUAAUGCGAGUUCUACGAACACUCCCGAUCCUGUCCCUCUGAAGCUUGAAGGUCUGUGGAAAAAGGCUUACUCGGACCUCCGAAAUAAGAACCCAGACCUUCUUGUGCAGUACGAGACGAUCCUUCUUUCUAACACAGAAUCGGACAGCUUGCACCAUGAGAGUCGAGUAGAAAAUCAUGACAUUGAUCCUCGACUCGAGUCUUGUGUAAAAACACGUCUCGAAGCAAUUCAAAAGUCACGGCUCAAGAUAUACAUCAGAGGAAAAGAAAUUGAGGUCAGAAAACAAGUGCGUCGCGUCGUCGGGGGGAUUAUGUCAAUGAAGGACAUUAUUUCCGCCGCAGUGAGCGCAGAGUUGCAUGCCUCUAUAGCAUGGGCGGGUGUUUUGUUCCUUCUAGAUCCGCUGGCCAAAUCAUUCCAUCAGAAUGAGGACGCCUUGAAUGGGUUUCAGGCUGUAUCAGACCUGAUGAUCCGAUAUGCAUUUUUGGAGAAGAGUCAGACCAGAAUCUAUAUGAAAUCCGGCUCUAAAGUAGCCGAAUCGGCUCAGCAUCUUGCAGAGCUGGUGAGGUCCAAGACAGUCGAGUUAUAUGUUCUUAUACUGGAGUACCACAUCUGUCUUGCCACUCACUUCAGUCAUUCAGGGUACACGCGAUUUUUAAAGGACUGGGUAGAUUUUAAUAAGUGGCGCAACCUGCUCGAGUCGAUAACGAGUCUUGAUGGGAAGAUUCGCCAGAAUUUGACAUUAUUCGCUGGCGACGAUAUCCAAAAGAUGUUCAAGGAAUUGGAGAAAUCACAGCAGAAUGUGAUGACCACACUCUCUGUGUUGAAGGAAAGUUUCAAGGAGGCCAAACAAAAGGAACUUCUCGAGAAACUUCCAGUGGUCUCGAAGGCAAAAUAUGGAUCCUUCGACGAUGGAAACAAAUCAGAAUGCCUCGAGGGCACGCGGACGGAGAUACUUCAUGAAAUUCAGUGCUGGGCUGAGUCUCCGGAUGAUUCUCAGGUGUUCUGGGUUCGAGGAAUGGCAGGAACCGGCAAGUCUACAAUCUCCCGUACCUUUGCCGCUGCGUGCCAGGAGCGCAAGUCACUUAUUCCUCAUGGACCCUCUCUUCCGGUGCACCUCUAUCUCGGUGCCAGUUUUUUCUUUGAUAGAAGUGAGCCUGGGCGCAACACCGUUGAGAAGUUGUUUCCUUCUGUCUCCAACGAGCUAGCAUCAUCAUUCCCAGAUUCGAGACACAAGAUAUGCCAAGCAAUCUCCGAGAACCAAUAUAUCGGCACUCAGAAUUUGCGCAACCAGUGGCACAAGUUGAUUCUAGAGCCACUUUUGACACUUGAAAAGGAGCUACUUCUACCUGUGACACUAGUAUUGAUGCUAGAUGCACUCGAUGAGGCCGUAUCUGCGGACCCUGAGGAGGCCGGGAAACCGGCCCAUGAUAUUGGAGGCGUCCUGAGGCUUCUGGCCACAGCUGGCAAGCUGAGAACUAUUCGGCUGAAGAUAUUUCUCACCAGCAGGCCAGAAAUAUACUCUCGGUUUUCUCAUUUUCUUUCUGGAGAGGUCAGUGUCAGAGACUUCGAACUUCGAAAGACCCCAAUGACGUCUGAGGCGGCCAAACUUCCAAAAGAUGACAUAACCUUGUAUCUGGAGCAUCAAAUCAAAGAAAUUGCAUCCCAUGCCACCAUCGACAAUCCUAAGUGGCGUGUGAAGUCUACCUGCUGGCUCAGUCAGGAUGAUGAAAAGAGAAUUGUCCGCACUCUCGCGGAUAAAAGCGAUGGCCUGUUCAUUUAUGCAGCUACCGCAUGUCGUUUCUUGGAUGGGGUAGACGACUUGGAAGAUUUGCAAGCACGUAUGCGAGAACUAUCUGCAGACGACUCGGGAGAAUCACCACAGGAGAUUUUGGAUCGAACAUAUAGUCAGAUUCUGAAGUAUUCUGUUAUUCACAGCUGCAGGAAAACGAAGACUGAGAAAGCCGAUUUCUUUGGGCUUUUUAAACGGAUAAUUGGGGCCGUUGUUGUCCUAGCCGAACCUCUCUCGAUUGCACCUCUCGAAGACCUUUUGGAUUUGUCUGGAAAGACAACAAAAAUUCGAAGGUUAUUGACUAGUCUGAGCUCUGUUGUCUCGUUUGGGGAUGAUUUUCAAUUACCUAUCCGAUUGCUACACUUGUCCUUUCGCGAAUUUCUUCUAGGUCAGCCUCAAAGGAGAUGCCUUUAUGACGAAUUCUGCAUUGACCCAAGAGAGGCCCAUAAGGCCUUGUUUACAAGCUGCGUAAGGAUUCUGUCGAGUACACUGAAGCAGGACAUUUGUUCUCUCGAUGACCCAUCCUUCUUGGUUAAAGAUAUUGAUACAUCUUUGCUGGACCAAAAUCUUCCAGUCUCCGUGAGAUAUGCUUCCCAAUAUUGGGCGCACCAUCUCCAACAAGCCGGUUUCGAGCCGCUUGAUAAUGACUGCGUGCACGAGUUUCUCAAGAAGCAUUUCCUGUACUGGAUCGAGGUCAUGAGCCUUCUUCGAAUAAUACCGAAAGCAACUUUCAUCAUCAUCGAGCUUGAACGUUACCUUGCUGUGUUGCCGACCGAAAGGAGAGCCGGGCUUCAAGAUAUGGUGUUUGACAUGAAGCGUUUUAUGCUCGCGUCCAAGACCGAAAUCGAAAACGCCCCUCUUCAAGUCUAUCGUUCUGCACUUAUUCUCUCCCCAAAACAUAGCAUUUGCCGGAAUACAUUUCAGUGUUUAAUCCCACGAACAUUUUCCAGGCUGCCUGAAAUGAAAGACAAAUGGGAUCCUCUGCUUCAAGAACUCGAUAACAGAGAAUCUAGCAAUUGCCUAGCCAUAUCUUCGGAUGGGCAGACCCUUGCUGUGUUGUGCGGGUCCUGGAAUUGCCACAAGAUCAGAUUAUGGAAUCUAACUACAGGAACAUCGCUAUAUACGAUCGACUGUGGUGGGAAUUCAGACUUUAUUAUGUUUCUUCCUGACGACAAGCACAUUCUUUCCUUCUCUGAGGGUUUGGAGGGUGUCCAAGUAUGGGAUAUAGGUUCUGGGAUGUUGCUCAGAAAAAUCCUUCUCACGAAGGACGAUGCCACCAAUGGCGUAUGCUCGGUACAGCCUCUUAAUUGGUCAUUCUCAUCUCAAGGGUGUCUAGCAGCGGUAUACCCUGGUAGAAUGACUAUUGGUUUGAUCUAUGCAGCACAAGGGACACAGAAGAUGAUUCAUGUUUCUACAACUGUGAAUACCAUCGCAUGGUCUGCAGAUGGAGCCACCUUGGCAGUAGCUCUGAAUGAUGGUAGUAUAAUAUUUUGGGAUACAAGUGAGUCCGAUUUCAUACUAUCGCUGAGCCAAUAUUCAGGGAUAGGGAAGGACUUCAAGAUGACAUUCUCCGCCAAUGGUGAAUUGUUAACACAAACAUUAUUGGAUGACUAUGUUUUAAUCCGGCUAUGGGAAUGGAGGACGAAGACUUCGUUGGUGGAGAUAAUCGAUGAUUCACUAGAGUGGAGAGAUUGCCAGUCCUUCGGCUCACACACCCUAAUGCAUUUCUCCCCAAGCGAAAAACUUAUAACAACCUGGCAUCUUCUCACACAGCUUCAGAGGUGGGACAGCGAAACUGGCCAACGUUUAUUGACAGUUUGUACGCCCAACCCGGUAUGGUGCAUCGGUAAACUAUCGCCGAACGGGAAACAGUAUGUUGUUGCAUGGAAACAAGACUCUGGCAAACCUAUCACCGAGCUUCUCGAUUCAGCAACAGGCAAGCUUUUGACGAUCCUUAGAAGCACCACGCAGCACUCGGGCUUUGUUUUCAGUUCGGAUAGUCGAAUUCUUGUAUCCGUUAAUUUCAAAGGCAUAAUUCAAGUUUGGGAUUUAUCUUCAGAAAUGAGACCGGAAGAGCAUGCAGCUCGGCUAGACCCUGUAUGUGGACUCGCCUUGUCUCAUGACCAUCAAUUUGCACUCUCGGCAUCCAUAAGCCAAAUUUGUCUCUGGAACAUCAGAACUGGCUCCCUUCUGCGGGUAGUGAAAUAUACAGACACUGAAGGAUUUGCUGAGAUUCUUGGGCAAGUCAUGAUCAGGGACUAUAAAGGACCGAUUUUAACAAAUAUAAAGACGGCAAUGGAGGGAACGAACACCAAUGAGCUUUUCGAUGACCUCAUCGCAGACCUUUUCCAAGGCCACUUUCAUGGUGAUCAAGUAAUGGAGAUCAGUUCAGACGGCAGGCUUUUUGCAAGACCUUGGCUCUUACAUUGCAAAGAUGAUUUCCGCAUCACAGUGUGGGAUAUAAUAACUGGAAACGUGGUUUCCGCCAUUCCUCGCGGUUACAACGGAACUCCCUGUUCGUCAUUCUCUCCUGACGGUAGGCUUCUCGCAAUUGGUCAGAAAGAUAGGGAUUCCAGAGCAAUAACCCUUGAAGUAUGGGAUGUAUUUGACGGGAGAUAUCGACAUCAAUGGAAUACGGGUCUCGACGAAGAAUUGAAUGAUAUGAAGGUUAUCUGGUCCGCCGACGGGACGAAAGUGGCAAUCAACUGCUUCAUGAACGUGUGCGGGCAACACAACCACCCCGCCGGUACUUUUAUGUGCGAUUUGGCGACAGAUAAAACAGUCCUUUUGGAGAAUCUGGGGGUUCGUGCUGCACUCUCCCCAAAUGGAAGGCUGGUUGUUACUAUAGAUAGUGAUGAAAGAAGCCUCUCCUUGUGGGAAAUAGUUGAAGAUAAUCUAACUCUGCUUGGCAAGCGCACCGACAUGAACUUGAAGUGGGACAUUAUUGGAUCAGAGAUAUUGGAAUUCGAAGGCGAUGAGGUGGUUGUUACAAGUGAAAGUCGAAUUGAUGUUGAAUCAUUUUUGCCAAAUUGGGACUCGACGACCAGUCGGCAGAUACAGGUAAAGGACCACUCAAUUAUUUAUGGGUCGGAAAGAGUCUUCCUUCCCCUACAUUAUAGACCGCGUGAUGUGAUUGUAACGAAAGAUAAUGUUUUGGUUAUGAGGAAUGAGUCUGGUGAGGUUACGUUUUGGGAGUUCGCAGAUGAGAAGGCAGAGAGUUGA